AUGGGGACGACUAAAGAAGGAAGUGCGAUGGCUCCACUACACUCGGCAUCUACCGUCUUGAGCAUCAGAUCUGACUUCCGUGAAGAAAAAUUUCGUAGGCAGCUGAAGAGCGAACUCUACAGAAACGGCAGCCGCAGCAGUCUUCAGAACGUUUACAGAAUCCCAAAUUUUCAGCACCGUUACCCCAAGGCCCAACAAAACCCCUUGACUCCCGAGUACACAGAUAUUGCUAAUGACUGGUUGGCUUCUUUUGGCGUAGAUAAGGAGCUGGACAUGAGUUUGGUGUUAUUGUGGAAUGAUCCUGAGAACAAGAGAUUACUGGAACGUUUGAACUCCAUUCUGGACCGGUUGAUGGCCACCGAGGCUUCCAGAAAACGCCUACAGCUUCACACAUUUCAUGCAGAUAUGGUGCAUGCAAGGAAUAAAUCCAAAUCACUUCUCGACGUCAAGAUGGGAGCUUUCGCGUCGGCAUUGCGAGAUAUGUGGCUGGAAUAUAUAGAAGCUGUGCCUGCUGAAUUUGCAUCUAGAGAGGCUGAGCUUCUUCUAGACUACUUGUCGGCGUGUCUCUGGGAACAACAGAAUCGAAAGACAAGAGAAGAAAUCACAAUUCCUGAUUUCAUCACCCUUCGAAGAUCUACUGUGUGUGUGAUGCCACUUUUUGUGUGCACCGAUCUUAUCAUUGAGCAUAAAAGACGGAAAUUUGCAAUUUCUCAUCUUCCCAAUAGCAUUUUCUAUGGAGAAAAUAUGCAGAAUCUACUUGCCGCCUCUGCCGACUGCAUUGCGUGGCAUAAUGAUGCUUUCAGCUUCCAAAAGGAAAUAUUCCGCGAUGGCGAUGUGCACAAUUUAGUGCAAAUCGUGUCCCAACAGUACAUCUGUCAUUCGCACACACAAGCAGGAGCACUUGUAAUCGAAAUACUGCAUGAUAGAAUUGCUGAGAUGGAGCUUGCGUAUGAAAAGCUUAAAUCUGAGGCCUCUCCUGAGUUUCACCCCGCAAUUGACCGGUACAUGAAAACGUGUAGAGACUGGAUUCCUGGAACUCACGAGUUCCACACGACUACCUUGCGGUACAAGAUUUCUAGUUCUCUAUCUGAGAUAGACGAAAAUCUGAAAAGGUAG